AUGACAUUAAAAGAAGUUCAUGAAAUCAUAAUGAAGUUGAGUUUGGUUGAAAGAAUGUCGAAAGAAAAAUUCUCGAAGCAAAUUCACGCUGCUUGUGUGGGUGUAAUGAAACAAACAUUUGUAUGGUUGAUGAUGAAAUCUCUUGUGAUGAUAAUAUUUACUAAAAAUGUUGCUGAUGAUACUUUAUACGAACAUUUGACAAGAACUCUGAUCACAAAUGAUGUCACAUUGAAUAAAUAA